CCAAAUCCUCAACUAAACAUUUCAACACAACACAUCAAUUAAAAAAGUGUAAAUCUGAUAUUGCAUUUAUGAUUCUCAUUGCAUUAUAGCCUGUUUUUAGGUCAACAAGCAAACACAGAGAGGAAGGUCGUUGACGUCUGUCCGUGAUGACGCACAGCUGGAGUUCAGCGUGUCACAGGUGUGAGCAGAUUUACUCAGAUCCUGAUUGUGAUUGGACGGGAUCGCUGCUCUGACUCCUCCCACUCCCGCAUAUAAUUAUGAAGUUUCCUCAGGAGUGUUCGUGUCACUCAGCGAUCCUCUUAAGGUUUCCUUUUGGAAACACCUUCAUCACUUCAUCUACUGAAGAUUUGCACACUUGAGGAUGAAGAUGAACGAUUCACUGCGCGCGUUUGACUUUGAGCGUCAGUUUGAUGAUCGAGUCGCGCUGGAAUGGUUUCAGCAGAACUGGGGAACAGCGUUUGCUCUGUCUGGGACGUAUGCGGUGCUUAUAUAUCUUGGACGUGUCUUUAUGAAGCGCCGGGAGAAGUUGGACCUGCGGACGCCGCUCAUGCUCUGGUCACUAACUCUGGCCGUGUUCAGUAUAAUGGGCGCGCUCCGGACGGGCUGGUACAUGUUCAAUGUGGUGACGACACACGGCUUCCGGCAGUCUGUGUGCGACACUGCCUUCUACAGCGCCCCCGUCAGCAAGUUCUGGGCGUAUGCGUUCGCUCUGAGUAAAGCGCCUGAGCUCGGUGACACGCUGUUCAUUGUCCUGCGUAAGCAGCGUCUGAUCUUCCUGCACUGGUAUCAUCACAUCACCGUCCUGCUCUACAGCUGGUACUCGUAUAAAGAUCACGUGGCCGGCGGCGGCUGGUUCAUGACCAUCAACUACACCGUCCACGCGUUCAUGUACAGUUACUACACCGCUAGAGCGGCGGGCGCGCGCGUGCCGAAGCCGUUCGCCAUGCUGAUCACGGCGAUGCAGAUCGCGCAGAUGCUCGCGGGUUUGAGCGUGCUGGGGCUCGUCUACAGCUGGAAACACGACGUCCACUGCGUGUCCACCAUGCACAACAUCAUCUACGGAUCAUUGAUGUACCUCAGCUACCUGCUGCUCUUCUCUGUUUUCUUCUAUCAGUCUUACCUCAAACGCCCUGCGGACGAGAAGAGAGUGAAACGAGAGUGAGAAGAACUUCCACCCUGAAUGCUUAGGUGUUCUUUUAAAUAUGCAAAGCAUUCAUAAAGUACAUUUAAAAGCACUUACAUCUUCAGAGACUAAAAUAUUAGGCUGAAUCAUCAUAUUUCACCUCAGAAUAUAAGAAAUUAUAUAAUAAAGCCCAUUUUUAGCACAAUUGCAUUGUGAGCUUUUUUAAUGCAAAUUUUUUUUUUAUUGUUCUUAGUGUUUGGGAAUGUUACUUUUAAAAAUAAAUGCAUUACAUUAUUGCAUUACUCCAUAAAAAAAAUAAACUAAUUGUGGUACUUAGUUACUUUUUAUGGAAAGUAAUUACUUUUGCUUUGCACAGUAACUAUAUUUUGUGUUAUAUUACUAGUUACUUGAAAAAAGUAAUCUGAUUACUUGCGUUUCUUGUAAUGCACCAAACACUGAAAUGGGCUUCAUUUUAUUCAUGCAAAAUAUAAUUUUUAUGUUUUUCUAAUGAUUUUUAGGGUGAAAUGUGUCUGUUGAAAUGUUCAUCAAUGGAAGUUAAUGAGUUAAGUGUGUUAAUGUUUACAAAACAUUGAUUUUGUCACAGUGAAACAAAGACACAUUCUCCUCUGAUGUCUGUAAGUGAUGAGAUGCAAAAUCACAUUGUAAAUGUGAACAUGUAAAAAAUCAUUUAAGAGGAUAUGCUUAAAAAGCAGUUUAUGUAGUAAAUGACUCUCUUGUGAUUUAGCAUGUUAUAUUUCAGCACUUCAGAGUCCUAGACGUACUGUAAAGGACAUGUUUAACAAUCUAAAAGUGCUUUUGUGUGUCAGAAAUAUCUGUGUGUAACUCUAUAAACAGGCAGGAGUGGCAGAACACCGAGUGUUUAUUGUGCAGAUGGUUGUUUAGGCCAUCAGACUGACGGUAAACUCGUCUUUCUGGUUGGUCAACAGAAGCGGUUUGAGUUCAUCUGGCUGAUGUAUGCAGUUAUUAUCAUAAGCAAUCUGUGCCUGAUAGAUGCAGUAAUGUUGUAAAACCUGAUGGUCAUUCAGAGGAAUGUGUUUUGGACUGUAAAUCUGUGACCCGUCUUCUCAACUAACCACAACAUGUUCUCAUUUUGCUAAUGUUCCCAUUUAGUUUUGAAAAAAUUAUUUCUAAAUGUUUUAAAACAUCCAGUUUUUAAAAUGUUCUCUUGUUUAUGCAAAUAUUAAAGGAACAUUCCAUUUUAUCAUCUUCAAACAUGUGAACGUUACUUUUGAAUGUUCUCUGAAGCGAUUUGUAACAUUUAAGAAACGUUAGACGAACUAAAAUGUUACUGAAAAAACAUUCCAUAAAUGUUUUUGUGCUAACGUUUUGAGAACAUUAUUAAAGGCCAGAUAACACUGAA